AUGCCCAGUAAUCCCUCCACUCAAGCUGCGAAAGCCAAGAAGAACAAGAAGAAGGCCGCGCACGCCAAGGGGAAUGCCGAAACCGAGUCGGCAGGCGCUCCUGAACAACUCGAGGAUGCCACUCAGGACGACCCCGAUGGACCGGACGAGGUAGAAAACCCCUCCACCGAUGCCCCUCCACCCCAAGACGGCGCGCUCGAUCAGUCGGCCAAUGACCACGAAUCCGGCGAUGGACCACGGGAGACUCAAGAUGCCCGCCCCGCUGUGACCGAGUCUGAGGCCGAGGCCGAGCCCAAGGACCGUUUCGAUGCGCUGGUUCGAGACCGAGAUUCCCUACGGGCCGAAGUCACCGACAUGCGCAAAUCACUAGAGGAGAUUCAAUCCAAACAUCGGGUGGAAAUGGAGGCGCUACAGCAGAAACUGGACGAUGCAGAGUCCAAGAAGGAGCAGGCAGAGACUCAGUUUCAGAAACUCUUGGAGCGCGUGAAUAUCAUCAAAUCUCAAUUGGGAGAGCGACUCAAGGAGGACGAGGAGGAAUUGACCCAAGCGCGAUCUCAAAUUGAGGAACUCGAGGAUGAGAAUGCAAGCUUGAAGUCACAGCUCGAAGCCAAGUCAACGGAGGUUGCGACCCUCUCUGACGAAUCAGCACAGCAAUCCAAAGAAAUCGCUACGCUCCGAGACCGAACAACCCUCUCCCAGCAGAAUUGGACGAAGGAGCGACAAGAAUUGAUCGAACAGGAGUCCUAUCUGCAAUCCGAGUUCGAGCAAGCCAAGGAGGCCAUGCAUAAUUGGGAAGUACUUGCGAUGGAGGAGCGAUCUAUCCGGGAGAAUCUGGGUGAGAAGGUCGUGGAUCUCGAGGAGCAGCUUGGGAACCUCCGUGAUGCCUACGAAAAGGCCACGAAUGAACGCGAUGUUCAGCAAUCUACCGUCGACGGUCUCCAACGGGCCCUGCAGGAGAUCCAAGCAGCACGGAAACAGGAGCUCCGUGAGCUGGUAGAGAGCUCAGAUACUCAGUUGGAGGAGCUGAGACGAUCGCUCCGAGAGGCACAGCAACAAGCCAGCGAUGCGGACAAAAAUGUUAAGACCGCACAAGAAGAACUGGAUCGAGUGCGCCCGUUCGAGAAGGAAGUGAAAGAGAAGAACCUUCUCAUUGGAAAGUUGCGUCAUGAAGCAGUUACGCUGAACGACCACCUUACCAAGGCCCUGCGAUUCCUCAAGAAGGGGAAGCCGGAAGAUAAUGUGGACCGACAUAUCGUUACCAACCAUUUACUGCAUUUCCUAGCGUUGGAUCGAUCGGAUCCCAAGAAGUUCCAAAUCCUGCAACUCAUAGCAGCCCUUUUGGGCUGGGAUGAUGGUGAGUUCUUCUCCAAGGUUACUAAGUAUCACCCAACAUACUUACGGAUGUAUUCAGAACAACGAGAACAAGCUGGGCUCGCUCGACCAGGCACUUCAAGUAUGCCUGGUAAGCUUCGGGUUCCUGGAACUCCUUUGCGGACUCCCAGUACACCCAACCUGGCCGAAUUCAUGGACAAUGGAGCGUCCAGCAAGGAAACGCUAGCGGAGUUAUGGUCUAACUUCUUAGAACAGGAAGCCGAGGUCGGCAAUCUGAACAGCAUGAGACGAGGAAGCCACCCAGGACCUGCUAAAUCAUAG